AUGUGGUACCAGAACUACCCUGAAGCCAGCGAUGGUUUCACUGGUAUUAUGACCAUACCCAGAGAGCUCAAAAUAUUAAACGGCAAGCUUGUGCAGAUACCCGUAACAGAAAUUUCUAGCAUCAAGGGAAAACAAGUUUCGGCAAUAAACGGAAAUUAUACUCUACGUAACAAAGCCGGGGAAGUUAAUGUCCUUGCCGACGGUUGUCAGGACGUUGAACUGUACAUUGUAUCGGACAAUGUCAAAGUGACGAUAUCUUACGAUGCAGCGAACGGCAAGGUGACGCUGGACCGCGGAGGCACCGACGGUAUUCGUCGCACGGAUUGGAGACCUUCAGGGCAGCUGAAAUGGAGAGUCUUUGUGGACGCGAGCUCUAUUGAGCUGUUCUGCGGAGAAGGCGAGGUGACUUUCUCGAGCCGAUUCUUCCCUAAUGGUACAGUGGUAAUUUCCCAAGGUGGAGCAGCAAAAUUGAAGGUACGCGAAAUUGUACGCGCUAUGCCUGAACCGUCUCAAAAUUAG